AUGGCUUUAAUCAAUUAUUCAUCAUUGGUUAUUCUUCUUUUGGGUUUUGUUCAAUUCGUAGCAGCUGAUGUUUAUUAUGUUGGACCAACUGUUGGCGGUAUUGUUGGUUUGAUCGUCCUGAUUUUGGAUAUCAUCGCUGCAGUGGAAAUUCUUCGAUCGGGAAAGUCUAUGGUUGAAAAACUUCUUUGGAUUCUAUUCAUCGUUUUCUGCCCAAUCAUUGGUUUGAUUGUUUAUUUACUCUGUGGUCGUGCUCGAGCUGUUGAUCUUUAA